UUGUUGCUGAUUCUCAAAAAAUUGCUUUGACAACUUGAUUUCAGAAACUGGAAAUAAUUUUAAUUAGAAGCUACUCUAUUUAGUUUAUUAGAAGCUACUCUAUUUAGUUUUUCCAGAAAAGGUUAAUUGAUUUUUUUCUUUAAUCUAUACAAUUAUGUCAAAAAUGAUUUUUUCAGUGUGUAUAUAUUACUGAAUUUUUGUCAGAAAAAGCUAAAACAAACGCAUCCUAUAUACAUCUUUCAUAAUCCAGCUAACUUUCUUUAUUAGUCAAAUGAAGAUCUUUAUCUAGCCUGUGCAGCACCCGAGGUUUGUCAUGGUGGUGCCCUUUCUCACGAUUCCAUCUACUAUUGUUUGUGCUGCCUCAUAUUGUAAUUGUUGCACUUAAAAUUACUGUUAAGUUUCUAUAAAUUUUAGCUACAGAUACCUUGAACAUGUGUAAAACUCUGAUUUGUAUUGUUUCAUUGGGAAAUCUGUUGACUAGGAAUUUUAACUUACUUGAUCAUAUAUGCUUUAGCUGUUGUUAAAAGCAAUAUUUUUGGAAUAUCGUCUCCUGUGAACUCUUAUAUGGAGUGUAAGCUUCAACUGUGAGUUGAUGCUAAUUUUAAGUUCAUAUUUAUUUUAGAAUGGUUAUUUUAGGUAUCUGGGAACUGAAUCAGUCCUUUUUUCCCUUUGAUUCCAGUUAAGCUAACUCAUUUUUUCCCUUUGUUUCCAUUUUCUUAUGAACACCCAAAUAUUUAACAUGAUAUGAUUUCACUUGUUAUAGACCAUAGACCACUGUGACUCCUUUUUAAAUAUUUAUAACUCUUCCUAAUUAUUGUGUCUUGUCAUAUGGAUUUGGAUGUUUUAUUAGCAUUCAUACGCUAGGAUUUGGAUUUUAUCCUUGGGCGCUCAAACACCACAAAGUGCAAUGUGACAGAAAGAGACAGUACGCUGGGCGAGUAUGGCCUAAGACUACCAAUUCUCUCAAAGCCUCACUCCAGUUCCACUCCUUUCUUCUCUUUCCCCUUUAUUUCAUCCAAUCCUUUCCAAAUUCCUUCUUUAGACAAUCUCAAACUGACCCCUUAUCCUCACACUUCAAAAGAGAGAGAGAAGAAAUGCCUAGGCUCACCGCACCUUCAGAUUAUUCUAAAGAGCCUCCUCGUCACCCUUGUCUAAAAAUUAACUCCAAGGAACCUUUCAAUGUGGAGCCACCACGCUCUGCACUGACAUGCUCGUACGUUACUCCUUCAAAUUUCUUUUACAAGAGGAACCAUGGCCCAAUUCCCAUCGUUGAAGAUAUUGAAAGGUACUCCGUUUUGGUGGAAAAUUCCAAACAGCUUUUCAUGAAAGAUAUCAGGAUAUUGCCCAAGUAAUGUCACUGCCACUUUACAGGUUGGUCUCAAAUUAAUAAGGAACAUGAUUUAUUUCCUUUUUUCUUUUCGAAGGUAUUUUUGUUUUUGGUAUACAUACUACAAAUGAAUUUGAAUUUGUCACUCUACUUCUGUAUGCUAAUCUAUGUUAAUCUAUGUUAAUAAGUCUUAUUUUGAGAUUCUUCAUCAAUCUCAACUCAAGGGAGAUGUGAGUUCGUGGAAUACAUGUUCACUGCAAGGAAUUGUGAGACCUCCCAUGGGAUGAUCAUAUCCACCUCCCAUGAGAUGAUCAUAUCCAAACUCUUCCUCAACUUCACUCAACUCUUAGAAUGAAGCUUGGUUCAAAUAUGAAAUGGGAAUCACAUAAUGCUUUUGAUUAUCUCCGACAUACACUGCAAGAUAACCCUUUGGGACUUGUACGGAUUUUGAAAUUGCUUGCUUAGCUGAGAAUGAUGCCUUUCCCCAUUUUUCUUGUGUAUGUAGGGAAUGGAAAGAGCAAGGGAAAGCUCUAGUGCUUAAGAAGAACGUGUUCAAGUAUUGACCUUCAGAUUGCCAGGGAGUUGUGUUGUGUUGUUUCUGAAGGUAAGAGAAAUGAUUGUUGAAGGGGGUUAAAAGAUGGGGUCAUGCAUAUAAAAUCACGUGAUGCUGCUUUAGAUCAUAGCCUCCUACAUGUUAGUUCACGCAACUCAAUCGUAAGGUGUAACAGCCAACUAGUAUAUAUAUGUGAGAUGAAUUAUUAUGAAGUUGAAAGCUAUAGAUAAAUGGACUUAAGAGGCAUCUAUGCAAACUAAGUCUAAUGUUGCAUCAUGUUUCCCAUAGUUUGAGAAGUUCCACAUUAUGUUGCCCUUGAAAGGUGAAGUUUAUAUAAAUACUUUGUUUAACAAACCCAUAGAUAAGGUCCUGAAUCUUGAUCAUCAUUUAUUGAUUUCAUUAUCAGCACCUAAGACACAUGUGAGAUGUUACCAACUAAUGGAAGAGAUAUACAGUACAUUGCAAGAGCAAGAAUUAGGUUUCACUUGUGCAUUAAUAAAGAUUUCUAUCAAUACCAUGUGAUUUCUUGUGAUCCCUUGUACAUAUUAUGGUAGACCCCCAUCUUAUCAAAUAUUAUUUCUCAAGGAAGCCGUGAGUAACU